AAGAGUAUUGAUUCUGGCUUCUAGGCACCUCGUACUUGAUAACUCCUCGGCUCGAGCAGCUGCGCUGGGCCUCUUCCCGGGCGUGCGAGAGAACAAGUUACGUGUCAAGCAAGUAUCAAUCUCCUAUUUCCAUAUCUUCCUGACACAGGCAACGCAUGUCCUCGUUCCGCCGCCAGAUGCAGAUUAUCACAAUCAAAGCUCCUCUAGUGCUGUCCCUAGUCCUCUGUGUUUACAGCAUUCGGAAGGCUUCCGUGGAAAGAAUAGUUUCUCAGAUGCCCACGUGGAUGAUAGAGUGAGUCCACGAUUUGUGCAAAGAUCCAAAAGUCUGAGCAAUCAGGAGCAGUUUCACCAAACACGGGCUCCAGAGCACAGCGUCAGGAUCCUGAGAACUGUGGCUACAUCCGGAUGGCAACCUCGCUCAAAUUUCCCGUUCGUGCACGAUUCGGACUCACGCCAAUGGGACGUGGAGCCCCCUCCUCCACUUGUACACUAACUAUUGGCCCAAUCCGGUCACCAGAGGUACAUGUGGCAGUCACCCCUAGAAACUCAACCCGAGAUCCUGGACACAUCGGGUUGGCCUCUGGAGGUAUCUCUCGACGACGUCGAGGCUUUGAUAUCAGUCGGCGUGGAGACAGAGAUUUUGUCGGUUUUUCUUCGAGCGGAGACGAAGCACACGUUGUUGUUGGUUCCACGAGAUCGAGACGGCGGGUCGGAAGGUUCAGAAGCAUGGUGACCGAAGCAUCGAGUAACAGUUACUUGGGCGUCACGGCCAUUGUCACUGCCUUAUAUCAGUUCUCGUUCUUCGUCAUCGCUGCGGGCUUCAAGAUUGACAAGGUGACCGAUUUCGCAGGGACGACCAACUUCGUGGUUCUGGCUGUUCUAACUCUGAUUCUGAACGGCACGUACCAAUAUCGGCAGUUGGUGUUGACAACAUUUGUGCUGUUCUGGGGAAUACGCUUGGGAUUUUUCCUGCUCUUCAGGAUUUUGAGCUGGGGCGAGGACCAUCGGUUCGACGAUAAGCGCAAUAAUCUGUUGAGGUUUGCAGUGUUUUGGUUUCUUCAGGGUGUAUGGGUGUGGACCGUCUCUCUCCCUGUUACAGUAGUGAAUGGAAGCAGCAAGAAUCCGGCCUUUGGUGUCCGAGAUUACGUAGGAUGGGCCAUGUGGGGAGUAGGUUUAGCGAUUGAGGCCAUAGCUGACCAAAGUAAGCUGAAUUUUAAGAACUCCAUCUCGAACAAAGGUCGGUGGUGUGAUGUUGGUCUUUGGAGCUGGUCUCGACAUCCCAAUUACUUCGGUGAGAUGUUGUUGUGGUGGGGUAUCUUCGUGGCCGCGACUCCUGUGCUCAGCGGAGGCCAGUGGGCAGUAAUUACCGGCCCUAUCUUGCUGAGCUGCCUUCUCCUCUUUGUCAGUGGCAUUCCGCUGCUCGAGAUUUCUGCCGACAAAAAACACCGAAGCAAUCCCGAGUACCUCCACUACAAGAACACAACCAGCCCUCUCAUACCCUUGCCACCAGCAGUGUACGGGAUUCUCCCCGCUUGGUUCAAAAAGACAUUUCUGUUUGAGUUCGCCAUGUACAGCAAAAAACUCGGCGCUGGCAACCACGGCAAGAACAGUUGACCAACUUCUGAGUGAGUGGACUGGAAUAAGGAUUGUUAGUCUUGACGUCUGGUGAUGAUGAUUCGUUCUGUCCCUUGUGUCUCAUUAUUAUACCGUUCCUGUAUGUGUGCGCAUCUUAUAUUCACGGUUGUUUAAGAUUUGGGGAGAGCUUGGAGUCAGGCGAGAUACAGUCUCAAAUACCUUGAGAGUGCAUCAGAGGAUACGAAGUGCUCCUCAGUUUUGCCUAGUUGUGCAGUGAGCUUCUGGUCUAACAUGUGUACAUAAUGCACAGGAUUCCGUUUUGGACUUGCUUCGCUUGACGUUUCCGCUUUAAAUCCUAGACUUGAGAUGCUUGACGAAGUGAAUUCACAGUUCAUGGAUUUAAUGGAUGUCACAAAACCUUAAACCUUUAUUUACAGAAAUUUAUAAUACACCGGAAAAACUCGACAACAAUUUAUGGUGUGCAAGAUUCUUGAUUUCCAGGAGUCUUAAGAUAUUUCG